UUUCUUCCCUCCCUUUGAGCAACUUCUGCUGACGCUGCCACUUUGCAGCUCGAUAUAUUUUUUUAUAUAAGGCCCAUAAAUUAGAAAACGGUGGGAGGGGAGAAAGGGAAAGAGACAGCCGCCUUUGGGGAAGAAGCCUGCAAAUAGCAAUCUGCCUUCGCUGGAUCAUUCUUCUCCUUCUCCUUCUGCAGCAGAAGCAGCACAUCUCUGUGAAACCCAGCAGCAUCCAUCACCCUGCGGACAACAACAAGAAGGAUAAGGAGGAAAAGAUGAGAGUCCUCUUUUUAUUGUUAUUCCCUCUCUUCUGCUUGGUCUGCUCCCAAAAGAUCCCCAGGUUGAAACUGACACCGAAAGAUGCUUUGCUGCGGCCUUUUCCCGAGCGCGACAGUCCGAAGCCCAUGUUCCACGAAGCGGGCUCCAACCAGGUCCUGAUUGGAGGCCGAGGGGUGCUCUUGGUCCUGACUUUUACACGUUCGGGCAUCACUCAAAAGGAGAUCCCUCUGAAGGCGGAUGAGAAAGUGGAGAAGGACUGCCGAAAGAAGCUGACCGCUGGAGAGGAGAACCGAGAUGCGAAGAACUGUGAUAACAUAAUCCGAGUGAUUGAGAAGCUGGACUACCGAACGAUGGUCUGCGGCACCAACGCCGGUUCUCCCAAGUGUUGGUUUCUGGUGAACUCCACUUUGCAACAGGACAAGGAGGGCCACAUUGUCACCCUCUCUGCGGAGAACAUCGUCCCACCCCUGCUCUCCCAAAACACUGUGGCCGUCGCGAUAGAAGACAACCUUUAUUCUGCCUUGUCCGGGAACAAAAGCUCCAUCCAGAGAAGCUAUGGAAACAAAAAGGGAAUUAAGACUGAAGACAGCUGGCUGGCCAAAGCGGAAUUUGUCGGCGCUGCCUUGCUGCCCGAGGAUAACCCCAGCAAAGAUGAAAUCUUUUUCUUCUACAACGCCGUCAACGAAAGCGCUGGAUUGGAUGAAGAGCCGUACAAAGCUCAUCUUGGGCGCGUCUGCAAGGUGGACCAAGGUGCCAGACCCAUCCUGACAGAUUCGUGGACCACUUUCUUGAAGGCCAGGAUGGUGUGCGGACACCCCAACGAACCCAUGCGUUUCCACCACCUCCGAGACGCCUUCGUUUUCCGAAAGGACGGUAAAGACGACGCCAUCCUGUAUGGCGUCUUCUCCAGCACAUGGGGUUCCUCAGCUGUCUGCUCAUACUCUAUGAAGAGAAUUAGCUCCCUUUUCAAGACUUCAAACUUCAAGGGUGUGACCGGGAGCAUACCCACCCCUAGACCGGGCACGUGCGUCUCGCCAGAUUCCUACCACCUUUUGCCCAGACAGACUCUGACCUUCAUUAAGGAGCACCCAGAACUAGACGUUGUUAUCUACCCAGAUGAGGAACGUCCCUUAUACGUCCUCCAAAAUAAUGACACUUACACCCACGUGGUGGUGGAUCGGGUGCGGGAUGCCAGCAAUGUCUCCUAUGAUGUCCUUUACCUUGGAACAGCCAAAGGGAAGAUCCAUAAAGUGCUCCGGAGCAGAGACCAGACGGUGAUCGUUGCCGAGAUAAGUCCCUUCAAGGAGCAAGAGCCCAUCUCCUCUAUCAUCCUGGAUGCCAGCACGGGCCACUUGUACGCCGACACCAAGUCUGAAGUGACGCGCCUGCCGCUGACAGAUUGCAACCAGUACAGUGAAAACUGCUGGAAGUGUGUCCUGGCCCGUGACCCGUACUGCGGAUGGGACAUGGACAGAAGGAGGUGUUCUGCCGUCUCCCAAGAGGAAAACCCCACUGGCAGCAGGUUGCUUCAAAGCCUGGAUUCAACCAACACCACAUAUGUAUGCGAAGCUGCUGAAGCCAAAUUGGCCCAAGAGUCUCUCAAGAAAGUGAGUGUGGACCCCACCAGCUAUAUCUACUUGCCGUGCCCGCUGAGGUCUCACCAUGCCAUCUACACGUGGGUCAAAGACGACAAGACGUACCCGUGCUCCAUGGACGAACAGUCCUGCACCCUACGUUUCGGGGAGAGCACCCCGAUGGAUCAGGGGGUCUUCAAGUGCACCGCCAAGGAAGAAGGCUACCAAGAGGAAAUUACCGCCUUCAAAGUUACGCUCAACAGCGGGAAGGUCUCGGAGGUCUCCUUGGUUGUGGUGGCCACAGGGAUCGUGUUCCUCACCAUCACCGUUCUCUUGCUAUAGGUCGGACUAGGAGGUUAAGACCAGGUCUCAUCACACUGCCAACUCCAACGUUUUCCAUUGAAAAGAAUGGGUUCCAAAAUAAGUCUGUACCCAAUCCUCGCGCCCAUCUUAUACCUUGGACAAACUGCGCUUCGUUCCACAACAUGGAUUCCCUGGUAGCGCUCAAAUCUGGACAUGAUGCCCACCAUCUCUCUUCUGUCGCAUCUCACCAUAAACAUGGAUGCUGUUUCCAGAAUGACCUUUUAUUACAAAUAGUCGCCAUAUCAAAGAAAAUAUCCCUAUUCAA